GCUCCAACUGCCACUUGUUCAUUGUGCUUCCUAUCUCUUUGACCUUUCUUUCAACAGGCUUUGUACCUUCUGUCUUUUUCUCUCUUUCUAAUUCAGAACCCUGUUUCAAAUGUUAUUAUUUAGAAAAUGCUUUGUACAUUUUGCUUUGGUUAAGAAUACAGAAAUCAAACGUAUUAAGGAAGGAAAUAACAUGAACAGAUAAGACAAGGGGAAGUAGCUUCAAGCUGCGCCAGCUUCAAGGUUGGAAAGGAUGAGGAAAAUUUUCUGCACUGAAAGAGUAGUUAAGCAUUGAAACAGGCUCCCCAGGGAAAUGGUGGAGUCACCAUCCCUGGAAGUGUUCAGAAAAUCAAUAGAUGUGACACUUCACAAUAUGGUUUAGUGGGCACGGUGGUAUUUGGCUGAAGGUUCAGCUUGAUGAUAUCGGAGGUCUUUCCCCACCCUAAUAAUUCUAUUAAUUUUAUUGGGUUUUUUCCUAAACAUUGGACGUUGUCAUAGUCUCAAAACGUGUUUUUCCAGGAACAAUCGCAGCCAGAGUAGCAGCCUUCCCUCACUGACCAGUUUAAUCCAUUAUCUGGGAUGCUGGAGGCCAGGCUGCCCCACUCUGCAGAGUCAGCCAAGGUUGACAAUGGUUGGCACAGGGCCACAGCAAAAUCCUCUGCACUCUUGACAUCUCCACAGUCCUCUAUGUCUCCUGCUUAUCUCCUCCUGGUCUGGGGAUUUUAUUCGUGCUGGAGAAAUAUUGGACUUGAGAUGAUUGUAAGAAUGUGCCUGGCUUUGGUACAAGAAGAGAGGAUUCAGGCCAGGACACCGAAAGAGUACCCAAAAAUGCUGCCUUCAGCAGCAUCUCAGUUGCCUCCAGGCUGGUGUAAAUAUUGUCCUGUGAACUGUUUAGGAGAAAAUCCCUGGGAAGAUGCUGCAUCAGUUCUUGGCCUCACAGAUCCCAGGCUCUGCUACGUGCUGGAUGGUUUCCUCUUCAUUUAUGCAGUGAUCAUGACAGCCCUUUUUGUGAAGGCAAAGCUCAGCCAGGCCUCUGAACCACAGCUGCGAGCAGGCCAGGAUGACGUGUACAACAAACUCUCCCGCGGGCACCGAGACGAUUACGAUGUGCUGGGAGGAAAGCGAGGAGCAGACCCCGAGCUGGGCGGGAGACACCAGCAAAGGAGAAAGAACCCUCAGGACACUGUCUACACUUCACUGCAGAAGGACAAGAUGGGUGAGGCAUACAGUGAGAUUGGAAUGAAGGGAGAGCAGCAGAGGCGGCGAGGCAAAGGCAAUGAAGGUCUCUACCAGGGGCUCAGUGCAGCAACCAAGGACACUUACGAUGCUCUCCAAAUGCAGCCUUUGCCCCCCCGCUAAGGGGGAGCCUCAGAGGGGAUGGGCAGGAGUGAGAGAUGCCCACCUGCCUUGGGGAGGAGAGGGGGAAAAGUCGUUUCCAUCCAACACAAGCACUGUGUGUUUUCUGUGUGCAAGAGCCGCCAUGGGCUGGUGCACAGAAUCUGGACCUGGCCUUUUCCUUCUCUCCUCCUGAAUUGUGUAACUGCUUCUGCUGUUAGAAUGUACAUAUCUGUAAAGUUGUGUCCAAAUAUAGUGGGUAUUAGGCUGAUUUUUUUUUUUGGUCAGGUUUGUGUUGUUGGUACCAGACUAUAUCUUCUAACAAACACGGUUAUUUCCAUAGGUCUUCCUUGUCUUCCAGAGUAUUAAGACAUGGAAUUAUGGCUGUAUUACAUUUAAACAAUUUGCAAAGAUUUACUGUAUUACUUCCUGUAGUAUUUAUCUUAAGACUAUUUCACCCUUUUUGCUUUAAAUGUGCCUUUAAAAAACUGCUUCAGUGGAGGGCAACAUUUUUCUUUAAUUAUAAAGAGUGACAUGAUGUUACAGUAGUGAAGCAGAGAGGCUGAAUGCCAACUUUCCAGUAGGAAGAAAAUGAGCACCAAUAUCCAAAAAGAGAUCAAGCAAUGGCACUGCCACUCAUCCAUAAAUGUGAGCCAGGUAAGCUGAGUGAGAGACUUCUUUGAAGGCAGAAAAACAAAGAAAACAAGGAGAUGGGUUCCCCUAUUAUCAUUUCCAGACAACAAACUGUACAAAAGCCAACAUAAAUGCAGUUUCCAAGCCAGUCUCUCAUGAGGCUGCCUCUAAAAGGUGCAGGAAUCAUUCCAAGGAGGUACCAGUUCAAUAAUGUCGUGUGUUUUUGAUGAAUGAAUAAAAUAGUGCCACAGUCCCGUGUGUGUGUGUAGGGAGCAGCAGUGGGAAUGACAUGAGCUCCUUACCUGAGGCAUUCAGCCCAUCUGAACCAGCCUGCACCCAGCAGCAGCAUCUCCCAGGGAAGCUGAGGAGGACAGGAUUCCAGCAGGAGCACCUACACACGUCCCAGAAGCUGGGAUGGGCUGUUGGGAAAACGCUCCAAACCCAGGUACCAAAGGGACACUCACCUCGUGCUGCUGCAGCCUCAGCUUUGCCCGUGCCUCACAAGGCUGCACAGGGAAGCCUGGAGGAAUUCAGCAAGGACAAAUCCAGCCCAGCAACAUCAGGGGAGUUUCACCUCGACUCAGGAGCUGACCAAGCCAUCUCACCAUCCUCACAGAAGAAGCAGAGCUAAAGCAGGGCUGUGGGAACAAGAGCUGCUGCUCUGCUGGCCAAAUGAGGUUAUGUCUUCUUUCCAGGGACUGGGCGGGUUAGCAGCAGAAAAACUUGCUGAAAUGGGUGCUAUGCAAGUUCCAAGGCAGUUUUACUUCUUUAAGCAGUAAAACUGUACCUGCAGUAGGUGCUUGUAGCUUUUAAAGAAUAUUUGCAAUAAAUUAAAGCAAAAAAAAAAGUAAACUGAGACAUGGUAAUGAAUGCUUCUCACAAAAAAAAAUUCCUAAAUCCUUUACUGUUCUCUGCAGUGACAAGAAAAAUUGAGAGAACUGGGUGAUAACUGAGACAGCUGAGCUGAAAAUUACAGUAAAGUUAUGCUGCAAAGCACUCGAUUUUCAGCACACUUUUGCAAGAACAAAGAGUGCUGAAAACAGCUCUCUCUUUUUAAAUCACCAUAACUGUAUCUGCAAGAUGUAGAAGUCACAAGCUUUGGCAGCGUGAAUGCCAACCACCAAACAACAGGAAUUAAAUUUUUUGGGGGAGGGGGAAAUCA